AUGAAGCGAGGGGCAGAGUUCUCGGUCUUCCACGGCGGCACCAAGAGAUCCGCCAACCUGAACCUGCGGGCCAAGCAGCGGUCUCUCAACAGCCUGACCACGUUCGUCGAAACUCGCGGUCAAGACUGGCCCGAGCGGCACGGAGGCGGGGUGGGGGGAGGCAGCCUACAGGGAAGCCCGAGCAAAGAGCCCAGUCGCGGGACCAGGACCAGGUCUUUGUCGCUGUCUCUGAGCAAAGCGCUGUCGCAGUCGGAACACUCACUGAUACCGCGGCGAUGCAGACUGCAGAGGGCCUCGUACGGCGAGCAGCCCAGUCGCAGGGACCGCGACCGGGACGGGGACAGGGACGGAGGCUGGGCACCUGAAGAGGCGUCCCAGGGCGGGCCGAGAGAGGGCACGGCUCAGCUCGACGAAGAGGUGAUCCUGACCAUGCUGGGGGAUCUGGAGAAGGCGUUACAGCCGCGCAAACGAGAGGACCCAGAGACACGGAGGAUGAGGACGGUGAAGAACAUCGCAGACCUCCGACAGAACCUGGAGGAGACCAUGUCCAACCUCAGGGGGACGCAGGUCACACACAGCACUCUGGAGACCACCUUCGACAGCGCCGUGACGACCGAGGUGAACGGCCGCUCCCCCAUGCCCCUGUCCUCCCGGACCUCCCCCAUGUCUUGGCGCCUGGCCCAGUCCCAGACCCCCAGACUCCAGGCCGGGGAUGCGCCCUCUCUGCCCAGCGCAUACAGCACCAGCACGGCCUCCGGAGGCCGCUACAGCAGCGGGAACCCAGAUCCAGCCAGAUACAUGGCGGACAGCGGACUCAAUCUUUACUCGCGGAACUCGGGGAACUCGUCAGACUCCGCCUCCCAACGGGGGAGAGAGACUCCGGGGGACAUCGACAGUUGGGACGACAGCAGCUCCGUGAGCAGUGGUCUCAGCGACACUUUGGACAAUCUCACCACAGACGAAGGUCCAUCCACAUCCACAGAGGGCAGCGGGCCGCGCAGGAGCAAGACCGGACAGAGAGGGAGCCGGUCCAAGCAUGGCGGCGACCCAAAGGUGAGCAGCAGCUGGGCCGGCGCCGAGGAUCUCAAGAAGGUGGAGGAGGAGCGAGACCUGGGAGCAAUGGACCAGAGCAGUGGACCCCAGCGAUGGAAGACCAACCAGGGAUCAGCCUCUGCCUCAGCCCUGCCACAGAACUACCAGCCUCACCAGUCACAUCCGUCCCACCAAACACUACACUCACAACACCAGUCCCACCAGUCCCACCAGUCCCAUCAGUCCCACCAGUCCCACCAGUCCCACCAGUCCCACCAGUCCCACCAAUCCCACCAGUCCCAUCAGUCCCAUCAGUCCCAUCAGUCCCACCAGUCUCACCAGUCUCACCAGUCUCAUCAGACCCACCAGUCCCAGUAUGAAGACCAGGCCCAGAAAAGUGCAGCUCUGGCUCAGGGGUCCCAGACUGGCUCCUGGAGACGGGGGAUGAGUGCUCAGGUGGGCAUCACUCCACCAAGAAACAAGACCCCAUCAUCAGCUACCCUCAAACCCACAGGUAAAACCGAUGACGCCAAAGCUUCUGAAAAGGUGAAAGCUUCGUCCAAAUCUUCCGGCGGCGGGAUCCAACGCUCUCCCUCUGAUGCUGGGAAGAGCAGCGGUGACGAGGGCAAGAAACCUCCCUCCGGAAUCGUCCGCCCUCCCACCUCCUCCGGCUCUUUCGGCUUCAAGAAGCUCCCAGUCCCCUCUGGUGCUCUGAUCACCUCCAGCGGCGCCACCUUAACCAGCGGAUCCGCGACCCUAGGGAAAACCCCCAAGUCGCAGUCCGCUCUGGGCAAAGGGGCCGCGAUGGUCGGGGCACGGAAGACCAGCCUGGAUGGGACCCAACCGGAGGACGAUACGGGGGCGAUGGUUUGCGGAGGCUCCAAGGUCACGCUGCAGUACCGCUCGCUGCCCAGGCCGGCGAAGUCUUCGGGUGGGAUUGCGUCGAGAAGCCCCCACCGCUCCAGCUCCAGCAGCAUCGAGUCCAACGUUAGUGCCAAGUCUCAGAAAAGGCGGGAAAGCGGGAAGGUCUGCUCCGAUCGUUCCAGCCCCGUUCCCGUUGGUCAAACGGAGAGUAGCAAAGUAGCAGAGCAAGACGGACUCUCCACCUCGCCAAAAUCUAGUCCUACCUCUUCCAGUUUGAGGCAACCGGCGUCCAAGUAUCCGGACAUCGCCUCGCCGACGUUUAGAAGAUUGUUUGGCUCCAAAGCGAGCAGCAAGCCCAGCUCCCCAGGCCCCCCGGGGCCCCUCGAGGCCCUGAGCCCCCACGGGAUCCUGGUGCGUCAGCCCAGCCUGGACUCCCCUUCAUCAGGGGCCAGUGGGGGGAGCAGUCCUCUGUACGCCAAGGCCGCAGAGCUCUGCAGUGACUCCUCGGCUCUGUCCCUGCCCUCGGCCUCCCGCAGCCUGCAUACCAGCUCCGAGUCCAUAGACCUGCACCCGGGCCCCCAGGGGUCCCGCACCGGCAGUGUCAAGUCCACCCUGUCCGAGGGCAUGACCCUCGACAGAAACACACUGCCCAAAAAGGGACUGAGGUAUCCCCCGUCGUCACGGCAGGCUUCCCACGAAGACGGGAAGGAGUGGCUGAGGUCUCACUCUACUGGGGGGCUGCAGGACACGGGACAGUCCCCUAUGUCUCCACCAGGGGCCGCUAGCAACAACACGGGGAAAUACCACUACUCCAACCAGCUGAGUCCGACUAGCGGGGCUCAGUCCGGCGCCGGCUGCAGCAUGAGCAGGUCCAACAGUAUUCCUCAGGACUCGUUCGACCUGUUCGCUGAGGGUCUGGGAAGCAGCAACACGUCCCUGCUGGACAGAGGACGUCCCAUCAGCCGCUCGGGAUCCUUCAGGGACAGCACUGACGAAGUUCACGGCUCUUCGCUGUCUCUCGUCUCCAGCACCUCCUCACUCUACUCCGCUACCGAGGAGAAGGCGCAUUCAGAGGGCCAAACUGUCCCCAACACCACGCAAAUCCGUAAACUUCGGCGAGAGCUGGACGCGUCUCAAGAGAAGGUGGCGACGCUGACGUCUCAGCUUGCGGCCAACGCUCAUCUGGUGGCAGCGUUUGAGAAAAGUCUGAGUAACAUGACGUGUCGACUGCAGAGCCUCACCAUGACGGCAGAGCAGAAGGAGUCAGAGCUGGCCGAGCUGAGGGAGACCAUCGACUUGUUAAAAACCCAAAACACAGACGCACAGACGGCGAUCCAGGUGGCUCUGAACGGCCCCUCCCACCUGCACAGAGAUGUGAGGAUCCGUCGGCAGCAGUCGUCGGAGAGCAUGUCCAGCAUCAACAGCGCAGCGAGCCACAGCAGCCUGGGCAGUUUAGGCAAGGACGCCGACGACAAAAAGAAGAAGAAGAAGAACUGGCUGCGCAGUUCCUUCAAACACGCCUUCAGCAAGAAGAAGUCCAAGUCCCAGUCCGGUCACGACGAGGCGGACGAGCUGAGCGACUCCAUGCCCAGCUCUCCCAAACUGCAGCACGACAACCGGCAAGGAAGUCUGUCCACGCUGCGGUCAUCGCCCUCCACCGCCGAGUUGUGUGAAUGCACCGAGGCCGAGGCCGAGACCAUCCUGCAGCUGAAGAACGAGCUGCGGGAGAAAGAGCUGAAACUCACUGACAUCCGCCUGGAGGCUCUGAGCUCCGCCCACCACCUGGACCAGAUCCGGGAGGCCAUGAACCGCAUGCAGAAUGAGAUCGAGACUCUGAAGGCGGAGAACGACCGCCUGAAGUCCAGUGGGAACGCCGCCGCCGCCGCUCCACUGAAGGCAGCACGGCCUCCCUCUGACACCUCCAGCGAGUCCUCGUCCUCCUCCCGACAGAGUCUGGGCCUGUCCCUCAACAACCUCAACAUCACAGACUCCAUCAUGUCAGACGACAGCUUUGAGGGAAACCUGCGCAAAGAAGGUCGAAGUGUGAAGAUCGUGGUGUCCAUCAACAGCACGCUCAAGACCAGGAAGGGGAAGGUCUGUCAGGAAUACCUCAUCGGAUCCAUCGGCGUCAGCGGGAAAACCAAAUGGGACGUGUUGGAUGGAGUCAUCAGACGCCUGUUUAAGGAGUACGUGUUCCGCCUGGACCCCAGCAGCUCCCUGGGCCUCUCCUCGGACAGCAUCGUGUCGUACCGCAUGGGGGACGUGGUGCGCUCCCACUGCUCUGACCUGCCCGAGCUGCUGCCCUGUGGGUACCUGGUGGGAGACAGCAACGUCAUCAAGGUCAACCUCAAAGGCGUGAGAGAGAACAGCUUGGACUCUCUGGUGUUCGACACGCUCAUCCCAAAGCCCAUCCUGCAGCGGUACCUGAACCUCCUGAUGGAACACCGGCGCAUCAUCCUGUCGGGACCCAGCGGCACCGGGAAAUCCUUCCUCGCCGCCAAGCUGUCAGAGUACCUCCUGUGUCAGCUGGGACAGGAGCCCAGCGAGCGCAACGUUGCCCGCUUCAACGUGGACCACAACUCCAGCAAGGAGUUGCGUCAGUACCUGUCCAGUCUGGCAGAGCAGUGCAACUCUGAGGACACGGCUCCAGCGCUCCCCCUGGUGGUCAUCCUGGAGAACCUGCACCACAUCGGCUCACUCAGCGACAUCUUCAACGGCUUCCUGAACUGCAAGUACCACAAGUGGUCAGAGGAGAUCCUCCAGAUCCUGGCCCAACACCAAGGCCACAGGAACCACGUGGUUCAGUGGUUUCACUCCUUCCAGAUCUCUGGGACUUUUAUCCAUGAGUUCGAGAAACUGGACAUCAGCCUGAAGCAGUACGUGAGGGAGAGUCCGUACGGAGGUCUGGGGCUGAUGGAGAUACGUCCCAUCGUCUCUCAGAUGGCACAGGCGCUCCACUUCCUGAAGGGACUCGGGAUCAUGCACAACGACCUGAAACUGGACAACAUCAUGUUGGUGGACCACCUCAGGAAGCCUCUGUGUGUUAAACUUAUUGACUUUGGUUUAGCUAGCACAGAGAAUUGUCAGGGCAAGGAGAUUCAUAACCAAUACUACAGAGCUCCAGAGGUCUUUCUCGGGGCCCCUGUGGAUUCGGCGGCUGACAUGUGGGCCCUAGGCAUCAUCGCCGUGACAACGUUCAUGGGAAGGAUGCCCCUUCCAGGCCCCAGCGACGAGGACAUGAUGAGGCACAUCGUGGAGACUGUGGGUCACUGUCCUGGGUCUGUGUUAGGCUCUGGUCUCUACACAGAACAGUAUUAUGGUCUGUCCAGCAGCAGGACAUGGGAGUUCAAGUUUCCUCCUCUGGACCCGCAAGCGAGAGCGUUACACCAUUUGGACGACAUUCACAAAAGAGGACGUUUAGGGCGUCCAUUUGCUUCUGUCGAGGUCCAUGAUCGACUCGCCUUCGUUGAUCUGGUGAAGCAGAUGUUAGACCCAAACCCUGCAUCGAGGAUCACCCCAGCAGCUGUGAUGUCGCACACUUUUGUGAGCAUGCACCACCUGGCCGAGGGAGACCCAUGCUAUCAUUCCACGAGCGUCCACGUCAUGAACAAGGCCUACGGCAUCGUGAGGAACCAGCUGCUGUUAAACUGCGGCGCCGUAUUCCUGCCUGUUCAGAGCGUUCCCGUCUCAGCUCCCGUCAAACGGAAACGGACAGAGACUCAGGAGGACGACUGUGACGUGGCCUCACCGGCAAAGAAAAGGCAGAUCCAGGAGACCACCGCAGCAGAGAGAGGACCUGACACCAUCCAGGCCAACCUCCCAGAACCGGAUCCACUGAAGGAGACAAGGACCAGCCUCCAGGGAGAUCAGACCGGGACAUCACCAACAGCACCCAAAAUGGAACUUCCCAUUGCCCGGGAAGACCAGGAGACAACACCGAAUGUACGAGAGAGGACUUCCACCAACUCCCCAAAUCCACCUAAAAGAAGGACUCGUACCAAGGGGGGCGGGCUACGAACCUUGACUAAGAUCGUCCAGACAGAAGCCUCCUCAGGUGCAAACCCAUCACCAAAGCCACCGACAAAGACUCGAACCCACAAAGGGAGACGGAGGAGAAAGAAAACAGUCACAUCCACAGUCGACAACGGAUCACCGAGUCCACCGAGGACUUAA